AGGACGAGUGGGUUGCAGUGCGAUGGUCUACAUCGUUACACAGCCGUUCUUCAAACCAGCGCUUUGUUCUCUCUUCUCCGAUGAGAACCUUCUUCUCCGUUCUCACCCAAUUCUUCCAACGCCGACCUUACCUCUUCCUCCGUUCCACCGUUCCACCGUUCCACAUGCAGUCGACAUUGCCGAGAUGAACAUCCGGCCAAAACCCUUCUUUUUUACUCGGUGUUUGUUGCAAAUUAACUUUAGGAGCCCCACCCCCAGAGGAGUUAGAGAGAAUUGGCCGGUGGCUAAAACGUGUAGGAUUUACCUUGCACAAGAUUCUUCUUGCAACUACGACUCAAAUUAAUAGCUCAUUGGUUGAUCAGCACAAAACCCAUCUUUCUUUCUCUUAUCUUACCAGAGACAAAGAGCAUCACAGCAACUCUCAACAAUGCAAUCAUCGAAAAUAUGGGUCAGCGAUUUCAAAGAAACCCAAUUGAGAAACUUGGGGUUUGAUUCAGCAGGGAAAUUAAGGGGAAGAGAGACCCUGAUUUAGGGGGAUUGCUGUACAAAACAAAAAUGGAACCCUAACACUGGUAUUUCAUUUUAACUGAAAUAAACAAAGGGGGGGAAAAAGACCUCGUCAGCGUGAGAAUGGCCUGACAGACGAUGAUGAACGGGAGUAGGAGGAGGAGGUGCUGAUCAGCGUCGGAAGAGUUGGGUGAGAACUGAAAACUGAGAAGGGUUUCUCUGGCAUCGCCGUGGAACAGGACGGGGAAGAAGAAGAAGACGAUUGGGAUGUUACUCCGUUUGAAUUCCAUCCCCUAAAACGCCGUGGUUUUGUUUAGUCCCAAGGACAGUAAAUCCUCACACAGAGGAUCCAGAUCCAUCAUUUACGGAUCUUUCUGCUGGGAAUCGUGCAUGUAAACCGUGAUCUUGUCAUUUUUCUUAAUCGUCAGUUUGAUAUUCAAACACCUUUUAUAUUGGUAGACGCAAGUUCCGAGACGAAAGUCAAUAAAAGUGGAUAAAGUAUGAAUAUACCAACAUUGAAUACAUAUUACGGAGUACCUGGCAGAAAAAAGAAAAGAAAGAACAAAUAUAUAUGUAAAGUUUGUGUGCCUACAUUUUAUCCUGGUCCAACCAUUCAAUUAAGUAUCUCCUUAGUUGUGGAGUAUGGCUCAAUUGGUUGGAAAUGAAAUUGAGCUGGCAGAGACAGGCAAAAGUUUGAGAUCAUCUUUCCGGUGCCAUGCCUCUAGUUCCAGAAACAGUUCUGGGUUGUCCUCUGUAAAGGAUGUUGUUGAUGUUGAAGGUGCCUCACAGUGGGCUGAAAUUGAUAGAUUGCCUACAUUUGAGAGAUUGAGAUCAUCUUUGAUUGAUGAGCACAAUGGGAGCAAAGUUGAUAUUCAACGCAAAAGGGUAAUUGACGUUACUAAGCUUGGUGCGCGAGAACGACACAUGCUCGUUGAAAAACUCAUCAAGCAAGUUGAGGAUGACAACCUUCAAUUGCUACAGAAAAUGAGAAGAAGGAUAGAUAAAGUUGGUGUAGAAUUGCCGACAGUUGUAGUGCGAUAUAAUGAUUUGCGAGUGGAAGCAACGUGUGAGGUGGUUCGGGGCAAGCCGCUUCCAACUCUAUGGAAUUCACUCAAAAGACUUCUUCUUGACUGCACCAUGUUAAUUGGUUUGAAGUCACAAGAGGCCAAGAUAAACAUCAUUGAUGAUUUCAAUGGUAACAUUAAGCCUGGAAGGAUGACUUUGCUGCUUGGUCCUCCAGGAUGUGGGAAAACUACGUUAUUGAAAGCACUUUCUGGAAAUCUAGAUAAAUCUCUCAAGGUUGCAGGGGAAGUUUUUUACAAUGGACACAAACUUGAAGAGUUCAUUACCCAGAAAACUUCGGCUUAUGUAAGCCAAAAUGACCUACAUAUUCCUGAAUUAACUAUCAGGGAAGCACUUGAUUUUUCAGCUCGUUGUCAGGGGGUUGGAACCCGAGCAGAGAUAAUGGCCGAGGUCGUCAAAAGGGAGAAACAGGCACGAGUAGUUCCAGAUCCAGAUAUUGAUACUUACAUGAAGUCAAUUUCAAUUGAAGGACAAAAGACUACCCUCCAGACUGGCUACAUUUUGAAGAUUUUAGGACUCAAUAUCUGUGCUGAGACACUAGUUGGAGAUGCCAUGAGAAGAGGUGUCUCUGGUGGUCAAAAGAAAAGAUUAACUACAGGCGAGAUUAUUAUAGGUCCUGCCAGAGCAUUAUUUAUGGAUGAAAUAACAAAUGGCUUAGACAGUUCCACCACCUAUCAAAUUGUUGCUUGUCUACAACAUCUAGCACAUAUCACGGAUGCUACUGUACUUGUGGCACUUCUUCAACCAGCACCAGAAACCUUCGAUCUCUUUGAUGACAUUAUUUUGAUGGCAGAAGGAAAGAUUGUGUAUCAUGGACCCAGUAGUCACGUUCUUGAAUUUUUUAAGGAUUGUGGGUUUAGAUGUCCUAAAAGGAAAGGGGUAGCUGACUUCCUCCAAGAGGUUAUCUCAAGAAAAGAUCAAGCACAGUACUGGCACCAAGCUGAACAGUCUUGGAGUUACAUCUCUGUUGAUAUGUUUUCCAAGAAAUUUAAGGAAUCUACUUAUGGGAAGAAGCUAGAUGAGGAGCUAUCAGAACCAUUUAUCGAGUGUUGCCAUAAGAAUGCAAGUUCUUUUGGCAUGUAUUCACUAUCUAAAUGGGCACUCUUUAGAGCUUGCAUGUCAAGGGAAUGGCUACUCAUGAGGAGAAAUUCUUUUGUUUAUGUCUUCAGAUUAAUUCAGCUUGUUAUCACAACAUCUAUCUCAAUGACCGUGUUCUUGAGAAAUGGGGCGGGUAUUGAUGUCAUUCAUGCAAACCGUUAUUUGGGUGCUUCAUUCUAUGCUAUCGUCGUGCUUUUUUUCGAUGGACUGCCGGAGUUGUCCAUGACUGUUGCAAGACUUCCUAUUUUCUACAAGCAGAGAGACUUGUGCUUCUAUCCAGCUUGGUCGUACGCAAUAUCAUCUGCCAUUCUCAAGGUUCCUCUUUCAUUGAUGGCAGGGCUAAUUUGGACAUCUCUAACUUACUAUGUCAUAGGAUACAGUCCUGAGCCUGGGAGGUUCUUUGGACAGUUCAUGCUACUUUUUUCCGUGCACUUCGUUGCAAUAUCCCUGUUCCGUUUCUUGGCAUCUGUUUUCCGCACAAUGGAUGCUUCUUCAGCAAGUGCCAAUUUUGCGAUACUAUUUAACUUUUUAUUCGCCGGAUUUAUUAUCAGAAAAACCUCUAUGCCAACUUGGUUGAAGUGGGGAUUUUGGGUUUCCCCUUUGUCUUAUGGUGAGGUAGGCCUUGCUGUAAAUGAAUUCCUUGCUCCAAGAUGGCAAACGAAACUGGUGGGGAAUACGACAAUAGGGGAUGAAACACUUGAAAAUCGCGGACUUCAGUUUAGUGGAUACUUCUUCUGGAUAUCACUUGGUGCCUUACUUGGGUUUGCAAUACUUUUCAAUAUUGGGUUUGUGCUGGCCUUAACCUUCUUAAACUCUCCGCAGUCUCGUGCCAUUAUUUCCAAUGAAAAGUUCACUCAAACAGAGAGAAGUGAAGAUUCUUCCAAUGGUUCCAAAAAAGAAGCAAAGUUGAAGAGUUAUAAGAAGACUACAUCAAAACCUCAUAAAGAUCGGGUGGUUUUACCUUUUGAGCCCCUAACUUUAUCUUUUCAAGAUGUGCAAUACUAUGUUGAAACCCCAUUGAAAAAACUCCAACUUCUUUGUGAUAUUACUGGUACAAUAAGGCCUGGUAUUCUUACCGCAUUGAUGGGCAUUACUGGAGCGGGUAAAACAACUCUUCUGGAUGUUCUUGCCGGAAGGAAAACUAUUGGUACUAUUCAAGGAGAUAUUAGAAUUGGAGGGCAUCCUAAGGUUCAAGACACUUUUGCUCGGAUUUCGGGUUACUGUGAGCAAACAGACGUACAUUCGCCACAAAUUACAAUAGAAGAAUCAUUGGUUUAUUCUGCAUGGCUACGUCUACAUCCUGAAAUUGAUUCAAAAACUAAGCUUGACUUUGUGAGAGAAGUCCUUGAGAUCAUUGAGCUUGAUGAAAUAAUGGAUUGCUUGGUCGGAAUUCCCGGUGUUAGUGGUUUAUCUACUGAACAGCGAAAGAGGCUUACAAUAGCAGUGGAGCUUGUUUCCAACCCCUCUAUUAUCUUCUUGGAUGAACCUACAACUGGAUUGGAUGCAAGAGCAGCUGCUAUUGUUAUGCGAGCCGUGAAGAAUGUGGCUGAUACGGGAAGAACAAUUGUCUGCACUAUUCACCAACCAAGUAUUGACAUAUUUGAAGCAUUUAAUGAGUUAAUUCUAUUGAAAACUGGUGGGCGUAUUAUCUACUCUGGACCACUGGGUCAACAUUCAAGCAGUGUCAUCGAAUAUUUUGAGGAUAUCCCUGGGGUUCCCACAAUAAAGAGCAAUUACAAUCCAGCGACAUGGAUGUUAGAGGUCACUUCCACAUCAGCAGAAGCCGGACUUGGCAUCGAUUUUGCCCAAGUUUAUAAGAACUCCGUCUUGUAUAAGAACAAUCAUGCUCUUGUAAAUUCUCUAAGAAUUCCUCCUGAUUCAAAAGAGUUGCAUUUUGCAACCCGCUUCCCACAAAAUGGUUGGGGACAGUUCAAAUCAUGCCUAUGGAAACAACACUUGUCCUAUUGGAGAAGUCCUUCGUACAUCUUCAACCGCUGCAUGUAUUCGCUAAUUGCAUCUUUGCUUUAUGGGAUCCUAUUUUGGGAUCAAGGGAGGAAAAUGGAUAACCAGCAAAAUCUUUUCAAUGUACUCGGGGCAGCAUUCAGUGUUGCAUUCCCCUUGGGCAUAUACAACUGUAAGUCAGUUUUACCAUAUGUAUCAACGGAACGAUCUGUUUUGUAUCGGGAAAGGUUUGCAGGAAUGUACGACUCAUGGGCUUAUGCACUUGCUCAGGUCACAAUUGAGGUUCCCUAUAUAUUGGUCCAAGCAAUUGUCUUUGUGAUCAUCACCUAUCCCAUGAUUGGGUAUUAUUGGUCAGUCUUCAAGGUUUUAUGGUACUUCUAUGUCGUAUUGUGUACAUUGAUGUACUUCACUUACCUUGGAAUGCUGCUUACUGCAAUGACACCGGGGUUGCAUAUAGCUUCGAUUUUACAGUCAUCGUUCUACACUACAUUUAACCUGUUCUCUGGAUUUUUUAUUCCUCAACCGCAAAUUCAUAAGUGGUGGAUCUGGAUGUAUUAUCUGGCUCCUACAUCAUGGACCCUAAAGGGGAUGCUUACGUCACAAUAUGGAGAUAUACAAACGGAGAUCACAGCGUUUGGUGAAACUAAAACCGUAUCGGCCUUUUUGAGAGAUUACUUCGGAUAUAGCCAUGAUGAUUUGCCCGCGGUGGGUGUUAUGCUUAUUACUUACCCGGUUGUAUUUGCUUCUCUGUUUGCAUACUGCAUAGGAAAGUUGAACUUCCAGAAGAGAUGAAUGUUGAGAUCGAACCCAUAUGUCUUGUAUGCUUAAAAUGAACAGAUAGUAAUCACUCCAUGACUUUACAUGGAUAUGGUUUUA